AUGAGCCCUGGAUCUGUCUCUGGGCAUGUUCAUUUCAUUUCUGGUGGAUCGGCCUUCAAUGCCUCCAUGGUAUACGACGACAUGCGCAAAGCGAAGUGUUCUUCGUGCACCUGUAUAUGGAGACUAAGCACGAGGCUAGAUAUGUCAAACUACUGGACUCCCCAGCUCAACGUUCACCUCAGAAACGGCAGCUUCGCUCCAGUUCCCACCCGCAGCGACAGUGAUGACCAUGGUCUGGGCAUGACAGUCUACUACUUCCAACGCUACGGAGACGGCGAGAAAUUACGAGCAUUCCCACCGGGCUUCCGCAUGGUCGCCGGCGACCCAGACAAACGCAACUUCACCGGCGAUCUGUCCGCCCGCGCCGUAACAUACUACUGCGCCGGCGGCGGCCUGGCAAACGAUACCUGGGGGCUCCCGGACGUGAACUGUCCCGACUAUCUCAGAGUCAUGCUCUUCAUGCCCAGCUGCUGGAACGGGAAAGACGUCGCGCCUCCGAUGGGCGAAUCCCACGUGUCCUACCCGGUUGAUGAGCCCGGGAACGGGAAGUGUCCGCCUGACUUUCCAGUUCAUCUUCCCACGCUCUUCUACGAGGUGGAGUACGAUACGGGAAGGUUUAAAGAGGAGUGGGUAGAUGGAAAGCAGCCGUUUGUGUUUGCGAAUGGCGAUGCGACGGGGUAUGGGUUCCAUGGGGACUUUAUAAAUGGCUGGGAUGUAGAUGUCCUGCAGGAGGCGGUGGAUACGUGUACGACGGACCCUGGAGGUACAGUCGAGGGGUGCAGUGUGCUGGACCAGUUCACGGCCGAGGAGUGCUUAGCGUGCAAACUCCCCAGCAUCGUCAGUGAAGACGUCAACGGCCCGCUCCCCAGCCUGCCAGGCUGCAACCCCGUCACCAACGGCUCCGGGCCCGCCAACCCCGUCUCUGACUGCCCCGACACCGCGAAGCUAGGCCCCUUCGCACCGAACUACGUCGACUUGACAACGACGAAGCAAUGGUCCUACAUCGGCUGCGGAACAGAUAACUACUUCACCCGCGCUUUGACCGAGAACCACACAGCAUCCACCUCCAUGACCGUGGAGACCUGCGUCGACUACUGCGCCUCUGCGGGCUAUACCCACGCCGGUCUAGAAUUCGGACAAGAAUGCUGGUGCGGAAACGAGCUAAAGGCCGACAACGCACCUAAAGAAGGCUACUUGGGUUCCUGCACGAUGAAAUGCGCCGGCAACACCACGCAGCUCUGCGGCGCCGCGAGCGCUAUAAGUCUCUACCGUAAAUGCGCCUCCGAUGACGCGCAGCGUGCAUGCAAGAACUAUCAAUUCGGCGGCGCCCCUUCACUGGAAGAACCUCCUCCUUCGCUCCCCCAAACUAUACCUGCGUCAUCCUCGACCGCCGCGCCGCCAACGGCUAUGGAGACCAGCAGCACCACAACGCCAACGCCAACGGCGGCCCUGGCAUGCCCGCACAACAACUGCAUCAACCAGAUCUUCGACCCCACGGCGUCUGUCUCCGCAAGCACGUUCUGCGCGUCGUACACGCAGAGCGUGAACACGGACCCAAGCGCCAUUCCUGGCUAUCUGAACAACUGCCAGGGCAAGCCGGAGGAGGUGAGCUCGGCUUGUUGCUGUUUGGCGCAUCCCACUGCGUAUAUGGGUGCUUGA